AAAUGACAGCUCGUCUUGAGCAAGCCUUCAUAUCCAAGCAGCAAGAGGCUGUCAGCACCACGGAAAGUACGGUUUUGGUCAAUAACUAGGCGUGCUGUUUGUGUUCUUAUAGUUUCGUCUACAACUAUUAAUCCCCAACAUGUCUGCUCCGAAGAAAGGAGACUUGUCUUCAAGCGAAAAGGAGUUGUUUGAGGUUAUCACUGCAGGAAAUGUUCAGGAGGCCUCAAGGCUGCUGGGUUGUAGAGAUGUCCGAGUCAACUGUUUGGAUGAGUAUGGGAUGACUCCUCUCAUGCACGCCGCUUACAAAGGAAAAGCAGACAUGUGCAAACUGCUACUGCAGCAUGGAGCAGAUGUCAACUGCAAUGAGCAUGAGCAUGGAUACACAGCACUGAUGUUUGCUGGCCUGUCAGGAAAGACUGACAUUACAUGGAUGAUGUUGGAUGCAGGGGCGGAAACGGAUGUGGUCAACUCUGUAGGAAGGACCGCCGCACAGAUGGCAGCUUUUGUAGGGCAGCAUGACUGUGUCACAGUGAUCAACAACUUCUUCUCCCGUGCGUGCCUGGAUUAUUACACGAAACCUCAGGGUUUGGAGAAAGAGCCGAAGCUGCCACCCAAACUGGCCGGGCCCCUCCACAAAGUCAUCAUGAGCACCAACCUGAACCCUGUAAAGAUGGUGAUGCUGGUGAAGGAGAACCCCUUACUGGCGGAGGUGGAAGCUCUGGAUAAAUGCCGCCGAGUGAUGGAACUCAUCUGUGAGAAGUGCAUAAAGCAGCAAGACAUGAAUGAGGUGCUGGCCAUGAAGAUGCACUACAUCAGCUGCGUGUUAGGAAAAUGCGCCUCUUUCCUCAAGGACCGUGAAGACCAGCUGGACGGCCUCAUAAAGAGUUUGCUGAAGGGUCGGGACAGUGAUGGUUUCCCUGUGUAUCUGGAGAAGUUUAUCAGAGAGUGCAUCCGCAAGUUCCCUUAUUGUGAUGCAACUUUAUUGCAGCAGCUGGUGCGGAGCAUUGCUCCUGUGGAGAUUGGCAAUGACCCCACAGCUCUGUCAGUGCUGACUCAGGCCAUCACAGGGCAGGUGGGAUUCAUGGACGCAGAAUUCUGCACCUCGUGUGGAGAGAAAGGAGCCGAAAAGAGAUGCUCAAUCUGUAAAAUGGUGAUUUACUGUGGCCAAGCUUGCCAAAAGAUGCACUGGUUCACCCAUAAGAAAGUUUGUAAGAAGCUCCAAGAGCAGAGGGAGAAGCAAGAAGCAGAAACAGCCAAACUGAGGAUGCAGCGGAGCAAAGAACAGAGUAAAGCAGUGGAGGAAGCCACAGACUCCAUGCAAGAGCUCUCAGUGGACACCAACAGUGAGGUCGCUGCCUCAGGCUCUGCAGCAGAAACAUCAGGCUCCACUUCAGUCACAGCUGCUGACAACUGAGGAACAUCUGGACCUUUUCUAGGGUACAUUCAUAUGUCACAGACAGACUGAAAGCCAGACGAAGACUGGUCCAGUUUAUUAUCAACCUGAGGCCAUCUCAAAAGCAGGGAGACGAUACAUUUUUAUAACUUUAUUUUUCAGCUGUCAUUGUGAAUGUGAACUAGGUUGUUCGAGGUAGAAGAGAGGAAUAUAUGAAGAGUUAAAGGUUUGCCUCCAUGUCGGAACAUAAUUCUGCCUUAAACUGUAGCAAACUGUGCAGCAAAGAACAGACUGUGUAGCUGUUGGUGUGUUUGCAAAAUUUUUUUGUUUCAUUUUUUAAUGAUAGCCUCAUGAUAACAUGUCAGUGGAUGGUGUGGCUGCACAACUUGACCAAAAAUGUAUAUUUUAAAAUAUGAAUGGCAUAAACGUGUUUAUUUUUAGUCAAAUGUGAUAUUAUUAAUGCUCAGGACUUCCCAAAAUACAACUAAAUGAAAACAUUUUUCCCCAGCAUUAUGUUGAUAAAGCACUGUAGUAACUCGGUGCAAGAGCACAAAAAUAAAUAAUUAAAUAAAAAAGACCUACUAUUGUUGCAAUAUUUCAUUAAAUGUGCAGUCAGGGAGGACUUGAAAGUCAAAACAUUGUGUCCAGUUAAACUUUGUUUGUCCCGAACGCUGAUGACUUCCAGGAUGUCUGAUAACUUGAUUUUAAUUACAUCAAAUAAAGUCCAACUUCACACAUUUGUCUCGGA